AUGCCAAUGCCAGCCGGAGCUUUGAGACCUCAUCCUCAACAUAUGAGAGGGCAUUACAACCGAUAUAAGAUUGCAAGAUUCUCUGAUAAAAUCAUGUCCCUAAAGAACUUCAAUCGAGAUGCCGCCCUCCAUAAUGAGACAUCCAAACAUUCCAGCAAACUAAUCUUUGCACCUACACGCAAAGAUGAGCAAUAUCUCAUCGGGGAGCUAGAAAGGGAAAACCUCAAUUCCAAUCCCUUCUUGCAAUUCCACGAAUGGUUUGAGCAGGCAUCAAACACGCCGGGACUGACUAUGCCCGAAGCCACAACAUUAUCUACUGCCCAGUUGCCAUCUGGCAGAGUCAGCGCACGGAUGGUCUACUUGAAAGAACUCGACAAGAAGGGCUUUGUCAUCUAUUCCAAUUGGGAUACUUCCAGGAAGGCAGAUGACCUGAAAUCGAAUAAACACGCUAGUCUCACAUUUUGGUGGAAAGAGUUGGAACGACAAGUCAGAGUUGAGGGUAUUACCGAAAAGUUGACUCAAGAACAAAGCCAGGAAUACUAUGAUACGAGGUACUACCUUUUGCAUAAAGUUUGA